UCAAACGACCUUAUUUGUCAAUCUUUUACUAUAUUUACAAAUUUACCCUUACAUCCUAAAAAAUCCACCACUAGAAAACCCCCAGCCGAUAUUGACAAACCCUAAAAAAUAACCCAAUCGGUGGAGUGCUGAGUCUGGUAGAACAACAACAAAGCAGCAAAGAGAAUUUGUUGGUGUUGAGAUGGCGGAGCAUUUAGCAUCUAUAUUUGGUACAGAGAAAGACAGGGUGAAUUGUCCCUUCUAUUUUAAGAUCGGUGCUUGUCGUCAUGGUGACCGUUGUUCUAGGCUUCAUACGAAACCUAGUAUUAGUCCCACAUUAGUACUCUCUAAUAUGUAUCAACGUCCUGAUAUGAUUACUCCUGGUGUUGAUCCUCAAGGUCAGCCACUUGAUCCCCGCCAGAUCCAGCGUCACUUCGAGGACUUCUAUGAAGAUUUGUUUGAAGAGCUUAGCAAGUAUGGAGAGAUUGAAAACCUUAACAUCUGCGACAAUUUAGCUGACCACAUGGUUGGUAAUGUUUAUGUCCAGUUCAGAGAGGAAGAUCAUGCUGCAAGUGCUCUUCAGAAUCUUACUGGAAGAUUUUAUGCAGGACGUCCAAUCAUUGUUGACUUCUCCCCAGUGACUGAUUUUCGGGAAGCCACUUGUAGGCAGUAUGAGGAAAAUGUAUGCAACCGAGGGGGCUAUUGCAACUUCAUGCAUCUGAAAAAGAUAAGCAGGGAUCUGAGGCGGCAAUUAUUUGGGAAAAGUAGUAGGCGAAGGCACAGCCGCAGUAGAAGCCGAAGUCCACAUGGUAAUCGCAAUUAUGAAGAGCGCCCACAGGGAGGCCGUGGUGCUGGUAGAAGAGGAGGUGGAGGAGGCGGUGAUCGCUACCAUGAUAGAGGGAGGAGGCCUAGAAGCAGAAGUCCUGGACGAAGGAGUGGACACAGCAGAAGUCCUGGGGGCAGGAGAAAUAGAAGUCCAAUCAGGGAAGGAAGUGAGGAGAGAAGAGCAAAGAUUGAACAAUGGAACAGGGAAAAGGAAGAGGCAGGAUCUGGGAGGAAUCAUGGCGGUAGUGCACGCAGGGAAGAAAGGGAAGGCAGUGCUGAGAGGAGGGCAAAGAUUGAGCAAUGGAAUAGGGAGAAGGAAGAGGCAGAGUCUGCUAAAUACAAUAAUUUUGACACUGAUAAUGGCAGGAAUGAUGGUGGCAAUCACUAUGGAGAACAGUUUGAUGAUUACCCCAAGCAGCAGUAGGUAGAAAAUGGAAGUGAUGGUGGCUACUAAUAGUAGUGUUGCUCUGGGUGGAGUACAGGUCCACUGUCCUAUGAUUUUGAAAAAAGCAUAAUCCAUCAAUUGUCUUAUUUUUACCAAAUUUAAAAGUACAGGACUUCAUUUAACAGGGAUCAUAGUGAGGCCUUCUUAGGAACACAGCCAUUUUUCCCGACUCUGAUGCAUCCGUUGCUUGCACAGUGAAGCUUGCAGUGCUCAAUUUUUCUUUUUGUUUUUUCCAAUGUCCUUUUCCUGUCUCCUGCUGACAACUAUUUAUUUCUUAUUUAGGUUACCAGCCAGGAGUAAGAACACACCUAUUAUUGAUAGAACAUUUUUUAACUUUAGGGCGAGUCGAAUGGUCUUUUCUCUCCUUGGUUUAUUCUUCCUGAAAAUGAAAGCAUUUGAUCAAGCGGUUGUGAUUUAAAAACACAACCCGUGAAGAAUUCUGCCCACCUUAGCUUUGUUAGUUGUGUCAGUCUAGAGGCGUCUCUCUUUAUAGGAUAAAGCAUAUUGUUUGACAUUUUAAUAAGAUUGAUGUUAUCUAUUCCAAGUUUUUGCAGGUUAAAGGUUCCUGCUUUGCCGUGGUCGUGCCUACCUUUACAUUGCAGCUUACAAUGGUCUUGUAUACAGGUUUUCUCUGCUGCAGACGUGUCCACAGGACUUUUAACAUGCUAGGAAUGGUGAGAAGUGAAGGAACGAAGUCCAUGGACCUAUGAAGUUCUUUUUCUGUUUUGGCGUUUUACCAUUUGUUAGUAUUACAGGUUUAUAUCAUCAAAGACAAGAGUUCUGUGUGUAACUGUACUGGUCUGUCAACUGUUGGGUUGAGUUCGUUUCAGUAUUUUUUUUAUCGUGUUUACUUCUGUUGAACAAAUUUGCUUAAGAUAGCAGGAUUUUUGUGUUGCUA